CAGCGGCCGACAUAUUCGAUCUGGGUCGCGCUCUCAUUCAACGAGAAUCGCUAAAUACUUGCAGUUUUAGAUUGCGUAGCUGACAAAGUGACGUGCAAUCGAGCUCUUCCCUUCCAUGACCUGAUGACCACACAAACGGAACGGGAAGAAGAAGACGCCCGGGCUAUUCGAUUUAGGGCUACUUCUGUAGUUCUCUAAAUACGGGUCUAGCUUUGCUGUAGGGGGCGCCAUGGAUUCCCCCGGUUCAUUUCAGUUCGAUAUCUUUGAUAUCUACAGGCGGUAUUCUGAAAUCAAGGUUGGGGUAUGUGCUAAUGCGAAUCCAGAUGUUGGGCAUCAUAAAGCUAGAUGCUUAAAAGAGGGACUCUCCCAACUCAUGGAAUUGGUUAAGGAGGCAAGAGCAGUGCAUACAAGAAUUUCAUUGAUGGAAGAGCUUUACAAGCUUAUGUCACAAUUAGAUUUGAAGGAAGACUUUUCUGAAUUUUCCCGAUUCUAUGAUUUUGUGUUCUUCUUAUGCCGAGAAAAUGGUCAAAAGAACAUUACUGUAAGAAAGGCUGUUAUGGCCUGGAGACUAGUUUUAGAUGGAAGGUUUCGACUACUUCACCAGUGGUGUGACUUUGUUGAGAGAAAUCAGCGACAUAACAUAUCGGAGGAUACCUGGCGCCAAGUUUUAGCUUUCAGUCGCUGUGUGCACGAAAAUCUUGAAGGAUAUGAUCCUGAAGGAGCAUGGCCUGUCUUGAUUGAUGACUUUGCUGAGCACAUGUAUAGGAUUGGUGGAUCUAAAGGUUCUAACCAAUUAGUCUGCACUUGUGGUGAUUCAGAAGCUCAUAGAUCUGAUGAACAAUCUCUGCGUGGGUUGAAACUUUGUCCUGGUUUCAAGAGGAAGUCAUGUGAUGACUUGCUAAUGAUAGAACAUGGAAAGUAUAGUAAUCUGAACAACGGGGAAGGUAAUCCAACGCCAACAUGUGCUCAUGAUUGUGUGGAUAUAGUAAAAUAUAACAAUGGGCACUUAAAAUCUCCAUGUGCUGUUGAGGGGUCUCUCUCGAAGGGCUUUGCGGGGCUCUUCUCGAACGGGUCUUGUUUGCAAUUUGAGAAGAAAAGCAGAGUUUCCUAUACCUGAGGAAUAUUUAAUAUGCAGUAAUUGCCUUCCGCAGGGAAAGCAGUUUUCUACUCAUAUUUGUCCUUGGGUUUGUCAGGGAAAGUAAGGUUUACUAGUACUUGUUCUCCAUUUGGUUUUUGUGGUAGUAUAUUGUUAGAUUUGUUUGUAUGUAUGGAAUUAACAAGAGGGUGAAUAAAUGGUGAUCAGUCAUCAGUACAUUUGAGGAAAAAAUGUUUCUUUACAAAGCAUAUACCAUCACUAACAGCUUAUAGUGAGCUAAUAAUGCUCACAAUUAAACAAAACAGUGUAAUACCAUGUUUUUUAUUAUUCCUC